CUGAGCGGCUGGGCGGAAUCAGCGAAUUCGCAGAUCUCGUUGAGGAUCCCGAAUUCAAGGAGAUUGACAUCCUCCUCGGCACAGAUGACCUGGGUCAAAUAUGGCUCAACGAGUCGCGGUCGGAGGGACGGCUGAUGGCACUGAAAACAAGACUCGGGUGGUUCACCUUCGGAAGAAAGGCGCCGCUCAGUCCGUUCACCAACGUCGUGUGUGCACUCCAGUCGUCGGCGUCAACUCAACAGCAACAACAGUCACUGAAAUCCACCACCGAGGCUCGGGAAAACUCGAAAACAGAACGAGACAUUGAGUUCUUGUUCGAGACUGAGCUACUUGGGGUCGAACCGCCAGCAGAAAACGAAACUGCAGCAGAGAUGCAACGCCUGGAUGAGUUGUUCAAGGCAAACAUCUCGAGGAACAAAGAUGGGAGAUAUCGACUUAAGCUCAUCUUCAACGAAAAUCUCCAGUCGCUAGGCGACAAUGAAAAGAUUGCUAUCAACAGAUUGAACUCGCUCAUUUCGCGGAGUUCCAAAGAAGUUCUCGAGGCGAUCGACGAAGAGAUGGAGAAAUACAUCAAGGAGGGCUAUGCCGAGCUGGCUCCGAAACGGAAGCCGGGAGAAUUCGUGCAUUAUCUACCACUCCAGGUGGUCAAGAAACCCGACCAAGGGUCACCUAGGGGCUUCAAGUUGAGGAUUGUCAAGGAUGCAGGUUGUCGUUCGAAGGAUCUGGCUUCAUUAAACGACGUUCUGAUAACAGGAUACAACCUACUCCAGAACAUUCUCCUCGUGCUCACGAAAUUUCGAGAGUCUCCCAUUGCCGUCGUGGCGGAUGUGGAGAAAGCAUAUCAUCAGUUUGAAAUCGAUCGAUCACACCGAACGUUCCUCAGAUACUACUAUCGGCCCGGAGUCUCAAGAAACGCCGGAGCUCCUAUCAAGGAGUUCUGGUCGAAAAGAUUGGAUUUCGGGACUUCCGCUAGCCCAUGCGGGCACUUCCCGCUGAAGAAAUGGGCUACCAAUUCGGAAGAAGUGGCGGAAGGAAUGAGGCAAGCGUUCUCCGAUGAGACAGUGUCGAUUCGGAGCGCCGAACCAGACUUUCGAUUCCUGGGGAUACGCUGGUGUCAGGUUACGGACGCACUUGGUGUUUUCGUAACCAACGCCAACAGAUGUUUCAACGAUGCGAAACCGAGCAAGCGUUCGCUGCUCUCAGGGUUGGCUCAAAUCUACGAUCCUCUCGGAAUAAUCUGUCCGAUUUCGAUACAUGCCAGAGUGCUGUUUCAAAUGAUGUGGCAGGACAAAGUUCAAUGGGACGAUCGUCUCAACGCAAAACAUCGUGAGCUCUACGGAGAGUUCGUUCGGCAGCUCAAGUCUGCGGAUCGAAUCCUCGUUAGCCGAACAAACGCGAGGAUCGACAGACUCCCCAGGCGGACAGAAAUCCACGCGUUCUCUGAUGCGUCGAAAGUCGCUUACGGGGCGGUCAUAUAUCUCAAGGAGUUCUUCCAGGACGGCGAUCCGGAAAUCAAGUUCCUCAUGGCGAAAGCGAAGGUUGCGCCGAACAAGGCCAAUUGGAAUAUCCAUCGUUUGGAGCUGAUGGCAGCUCUAGUCAGCUGUCGCCUGGUUGAGAAGCUCAGACCGGCACUCGGAAACACAGUCAAAAGGACGGUUUACUGGGUGGAUAAUAGUGCUGUGGUCGGUUGGACGAGGGACAGGCCAUCGGAAUGGCGAACUUUCGUCGCCAACAGGAUCACCGAGAUCCAGAGGUUCUCAACGCCGGAUCAGUGGCGCUAUGUGGCCACGAAGUCCAACCCGGCUGAUUUGCUCAGCAGAGGCAACUCACUGGAGUCGAGGGAAAGUGUCGAGUUCUGGUUGAAUGGACCUUCGUGGCUAAAAGAGCAAAAGUUGCCGGACCCGAUCCGCAUUGGCAAAGAAGAAUUCGCGGAGGCAAUAGCAGAGGCAAAGCAUGGCAACGUCGCAGAAACAGACAUCCUGCAUGUCACGGCUUUGCCAAAGGUGUCGUCGUCUCUGCUCAAGGAGAAGCACUUUUCAUCGUGGCCGAAAGCGGUGAGAUCGCUGGCUUACGUCAGGAGGGUUUUCCAGAAAGCUCGCAAGAGGGAUUUGUCUAUGGACAUUCCCGUUCAGGUCGAGGAAUAUCUUGACGCAGAGAGAGCACUUAUAAGGGAUCUACAGCAAAUGGAUUUCCCGACAGAAGUCGCCAGUGGAGGGAGAAAGCUACCGAAAACGAGCAAGCUUUAUCUCUACAAUCCGAUGGUCGAUGAACAUGGAAUCCUACGUUGUAAGUCAGGAUUGAUCAAGUCCGGUGAUCUGUCGUUCGGUGAAAAAUAUCCGAUAAUCCUCGAUGGGCGGAACUAUUUCACGAAGUUGCUCAUAGCGUGGAUUCACAAAUCAAAAUGUCUCCAUUCACCAGGAAUCACCACCAAUCUUCAUCAUAUCCGUGCGGAAUACCUCAUUCUGAGGGAGCGCUUGGUGGGCUGCAUAAAGCGUCCACUCCGGAAAAUCUUAGGAACGAAUAUACCAAGAUUUCGGGAGUUGGAAUCAAUCCUGUCGGAAAUCGAGCUGUGCGUCAAUCUGAGACCAAUAACAGCGCUUCCAUCCAGUGAGUGUGAGGUCAGAGCACUGUGCCCAGCGGAUCUGGUGAAUGGAUACAACGCAAGAGCCAGGUUCCCAGAUACUUCGAUGGUCAACUUGAAAGUCAGCGACCGGGACAUGCCGAUAAUUAUGUCGAAAGCGUGGAAACGCCAAGAGGCCGUCAUGAAGGCGUUCUGGAAAAGAUUCCGACUCGAGUACUUGGGUCAGUUGAGGAACGCAGUUGAGACCAAACCAGCAUCUCCGAAUGAGCUCAAUGUGGGCGACGUGUGCCUGAUGGCAGACCCGAGUCCGUCGCGUGGGUUCUGGCCGCUCUGCAGAGUAGUCAACGUGUUCGGUGGCGAGAGAACAGAUCUCAGAAAACGAUCAUGCAUGGUCAUGAGAGGAGACAGGAAGAUUCUCAAGCGCCCAAUCCACUCAAUAUAUCCAUUGGGAAUUGGCCAAGCUGAAGAAGCCAGCAAUGUUCUAUAG